GGACAACAUACGCAGGAGACAAAGACCAGCAGAGCAGAGGGAUGUGGACUGGAGUCUGGGACCGCGACAAGAGGAACACCAUACACCUCCAUGGGGUAGCCAUAAAGACACACCCAAUUCCUUGGAUGCUAUUAUAAACAUGAUGAAGUGCACCAGGAGGCCAAGAGGGAACCCAUACCACUGAUAUUUUGAGGACAUGUCGCAGUGAAGAGGUGACAAGCUGACCAUGGGUGACUGGAACCUGCUGGGCAGCAUCCUAGAAGAGGUCCACAUUCAUUCCACCAUCGUGGGCAAGAUCUGGCUCACCAUCCUCUUUAUCUUCCGCAUGCUGAUCCUGGGGGCCGCCGCCGAGGACGUUUGGGACGACGAACAGACCGAGUUCGUCUGCAACACUGACCAGCCGGGAUGCAAGGCGGUCUGCUACGACCAGGCCUUCCCCAUCUCCCUCAUCCGAUUCUGGGUCCUGCAGGUCAUCUUCGUCUCUGCACCCUCGCUAGUCUACAUGGGCCAUGCCCUCUACUGCAUCCGAUCACUUGAGAAAGAGCGGCACCGCAGGAAGGCCCAGCUGAGGGAGGACCUGGACGAGUUUGAGCUGGAUUCAGAGGAACAUAAGCGCCUGGAGAGGGACCUGAGGAAGCUGGACGAGCAGAGGAGGGUGAAGAAGGCUCCUCUCAGAGGCUCUCUGUUGAGAACCUACAUCAUCCAUAUCCUAACACGCUCUAUGGUGGAGGUGUGCUUCAUCCUGGGCCAGUAUGCACUCUAUGGUGUCCAACUGGAGCCCCUCUACAGGUGCGAGAGGCUGCCGUGCCCCAACAGCGUGGACUGUUACAUCUCCAGGCCAACGGAGAAGACCAUCUUCAUGGUCUUCAUGAUGGUCAUUGCUGGUGUGUCACUUUUCCUCAACAUUUUGGAAAUAUCCCACCUGGGCAUCAGGAAAAUCAAACAGACACUGUUUGGAGAGAGGUACACAGAGGAGGACAGUUUUAUUUUCAGGUCCAAGAAAAAGUCGUCAUUACCGCACCUUUGUGUAACGAGUAAUGCGUCGCCUCACAACGGGCCCUUGACUCAGACCUUCAAAGUGAUUCCAGAGGCCGACAUGAAGCCUCCGUACUACAGCAGUGGGCUCAAGGUCAACCACGACACCACGAGACACAACAGCCUAGCCUAUGUGGGACACACUCAAACCAACUAUAUCUGUCCCCAACCCAGGAUGCCACCCAGGUCUGGCCAGAACUGUGCAGGCCCUCAAACCCAUGAGGGUCAAGAGGUCCAAACAGCUAUGGUGGACCACCAUCCAGCCUGGGCUGCUGGAACCAUGGUGGAGGGAAGUACAACAGGCCUCCUCGAGGAUCCCUGUGAGGGAGAACAGACUCACCCCAGCCAUUUGGAAGCUCUGCUGUCUGCUAGCACCUUAAGGCCAAGCGUCAUCAGAGACCUGGACGAGGAAAAUCGUAGGGAGUCGAUGGCGAGCGACGGCCUGUUCCACAACCCGAGGAAGACCAGCUUCAUGAUCAGGCCUCCAUCCGAGAGCCUGUCCUCCAUCAGCGGCUCCACCAGCCAGUCCUUACAUAGCUCAGAAGAGUCCGAUGAGCUGGGCUCCCUGCAGGGGGACAUGCCCAUGAUGCCGCCUGCCGGAGGCCGGAGGAUGUCAAUGAGCAUGUUCCUGGAUAUCUCCUCUAUCAUGAAGAAGUGAAGUGUGGAGACUCCGUUCAUGGCGUCGCAGCUGUGUUCCACAAACUUUAUCAGUGGUCCAACCGUCAGCACUGAUUCAUGAUGGGGCCGAGCCGGCGGAGAGUCAACCAUGAUGGGACAGCUGACUCAGCGCCGUAGGAAUACAAGAUUUGGAAUCGAAGCACCUUACAAAAGUCUACUUGUUGGUAGUAAAAGGAAAAGAUUGUGUUUAUUUAU